CAUAAACAUGAUGGAAUCCAUGCAAAGAAUCCCUAAAUGGGCAUUGGCACUGGCAUUGCUGGUGCAUCUUGGAUUCUGCAACCUGCAGCUUAAAGACACUGAAGGUGGCGCUUGGCUGGAGCGAUCCCCUGAUUGGCCGAUUGAGAGGACAGAAACGCAGUGGCCUGAUGCUGCCGAUGCGGACAAAGUUCUUGAUGGUAAUUAUUACUCUCACUGGAACCCAAGCGGUCGAGGUCCGUGGUACAUCAUCUUCGACCUGGUUGUGCCCUACACCCUCUCCAAGAUCAGCAUCACCAACAACGGUGAUACAACCCACGAUGUUUCCAUGUUCCUGCUGGAAGCAUCGGCCAGUUCUGACCCGUACAGCUGGGAAGACGUGGUGACGGUGACAGAAGUGGCAGCUUCAUCCGAGGUCCAGGAAUUCGGAGGCUUCUCAGCCACGGGACGAUUCUGGAAGCUCAACAUCACAGAGACGCACAGGACAUGGCAGCCAUGGUUACGUGAAGUGAACUUCUUUGGAGAAAGAGCAGGUAGGAGGAUUUAA